GCGCCCCAAUGUCGUGGGCGGAGGGCGGCUGGGCCUGUGGGGCGGCGCCCCCCAUCCGCCCGUGUCAGCGGUGCACCACAGCCUCACCGACUUGGCCUCUGACAAUCCGGGCCACAACUAUGCCCCCGCCCGCACCACGGCCACCCAAGCUGCCUUCAAUGGCGCGCUGGUGGGCGCCGCCCAGGGCACCACAGCGGGGGAGGAGUCGGUGACCAGCGCGGGGGCGGAGGUCACCUUCACGACGGCGGCGGCGGCGGCGGCGGUCAGUAUGUGGCAGCAAGACCCCGGCGCCGUGCACUACCCCGGCUACGUGCGGCCGCAGGACUUCAACACGCUGCCCCGCGGGCGCGCGACGUGUCCCCCGGCAGGAGCAUGGCGACGAGGACGAGGAGCGGCUGGCGGCCCUGGUGACUAGCGUGGAGGCAGCGCUGCGCAGGAUUCAUGCGGGGCUGCAGGAGUCCUACAUCAUGUAUGAAAACCCCGACGACGAAGAGGACCCGCCGCCCCCGCAGCCCGUCACUGCCUCGCUGCGAGACCCUCCGCCCUCCCCGUGCCGCCCCACGAACCCCGGGCUCGCCGCCUCCUCCCGCAGGCCCACAGGGACCCAUGCCGCCCGCCCCACAGAGCGGCGCAGGGGGUGGAGCACCCCGCCUGGUGGGUCCCGACAACGCAUCCCUGCUGUCCCGGCAGUUGGGCUUCAUCCCCAUCCAGGAGGGGGCGCCGCAGUCCCCCCAGCCCCCCCAGGCCGCGCAGCCCGCGCCCCGCCACGCCGAGCGCCACCACCACCACCACCACCACAAGCUCAGCAAGAAGGUCAAAAAUCAUAAAUCAAAGGUGCUACUCUCUGGCCUGAUGACAUGUCCCGGACCCGGCUUCAAGCUGCUCAACAUCACCCGCGACUCGAAGUCCGGCCAGGGCUUCGGGUUCUCCAUCAAGGGCGGCCGAGAGGCGGCGCUCCAAUUACGCAGUUUCCCGCGCCCUCACCCUGGCCCGACUCGUUUCCUCGUCAGCCACUCUUCACGCCGCCCCUUCCCUCCUGUCGUCCUCACCCUCGCGAUCCAUCUCCGCUCCCGUCCUCGCGCCUCACACCUCACGCCCCUCAUGUCACGCAGCCCUCGCACUGCCGCCCUCGCAGCGCUCGCUCAGCCGCCCCUCGCCCUCCGCCCCUCACGUGCAUUGCCGCCGCCCCAUUACACUUUUAAUUAA